AUGGUACCUUUAUACCUUCAGCUCGAAAGUCGCUACCGUGACCUAGAGGAGAUUCGUGAAUCCCUUUGGAACUUGGACGGCGAAGUUCUCACUUAUGAGAUGGUUGAGCACCUCAGUAUCGAUUUUCAUCACGUAGAUAUCGAUACCGGUGCGACAUCCGAUUCAGUGACCCCUUACUUCCUUCCACGAUCAUCAUUUCCUAGUUGUCGUGAUAUGAGUGGGGAUCUCAUGGACUGGAUGUUCGACGCGGGACAGGACCGGGCCACUUACGGGAAAGCAUUGAACCCACCUAUCAUACCGAGAUUCUUUCCAGCGGCCCUACAAUUAACACAUGAAAAUUACGCGUGUGAGAUGAGUGAAGAUUUAUACGACCUUAUCUCCAAUUGGAAAACCUUUUGGAAGGAACACGUACCAGGGCGUCCUCAUCAUUUUAGCCGCGAAAUCAGAUAUAUGACCGUUAACGAGGAGAAGAAAGGAGUUCCCUCCCUUAGCCACCAUAUUCUAUCACCACAGUCCUCGAGUCAUUGUAUGACUGAUGCUAUCAUCUUUGAUUGCCAUAAGGGACUACCUUCAAUCAGUGAAGUGGCUGCAGUGGUCGAGGAAAUCCUAGAUGCAAUGAGGGCACAAAGGAAUGAACUCCGAAGUUCUAGAGAAUGGUCCGACUAUACGAUUUGUAUGGGCAUUGUCGCCUACUCUAUGCUUAUUUUGAUGUUUACCGAGGUCCUGGAUUUUACGCCAUUUGCAGUCGAGCCCCCACCUGAGAAAGACUACCUUGAUAUUAUCGACUUGCCUAAAUACUAUGACACGAUGGAUAAAUGGAUCAAAUGGGCGUGGCCAGUUCAACAAGGGGAUACCAGCAAAAGGAGGCUUGAAGAAUGUCAAAACUUGUUGGAUGAUCCUAUUAAUGCUUGA